GAGACAUGACGUCAUCGCGGGCAUUCCAAAAUGGCUCCUACUAACAGUGGACACUAUCUGAAAACGAAGGAUUAAAAGGAAAUUAUACGCACUUAAUGAAUUUGGUCAAGAUUAUGUUUACCAACAGCAGAUUUGGUUUAACUACAGUAGUCUAGCGUCUGUCUGUGUUACCUAAAGCUUCAUACUAAAAUGCCAACGCAUUCACAGAACAAGGAGAACCACCGGGACACGGAGCUCAGCCGUCGGUCGAAGAGGGAUCGCUGCAGGUUUUCGUGUGCGGAGCUCUAAGCAGCUUCGCGGAUUGAAUGAUAUGGAAACAGAAGGAUAUGGAGAGUCGGUUCUAGCUCUGACAGUCGAUGUCAACGAAAACGAAGAUGCAGGCAAAUCGUUCGUUUCGUCGCAGAUUGAUCACAACAUAGGAGGAAAGGCUCACCCAUUGGAAGAAAACAGAAGCCGAGCAUGCCCGGCUACUGAGGGUCAAGUGGGGAAGGGUCAUGUGUAUGCUGCCAGCAAUGGGAGGAAUGUAAACAAUGAAUGUGACGUGGAACCAUCGCAGUAUAUUCGAGCCGGGAACUCCGUGAUUUUGGAUUUAGUUGCAGACUGUCUUCCCACUCGGUUGAAAGACAGCUGUGUAAUUUCUGACCUGUGCAACGAGCAUACACUGAAUGGAUUUACUGACUCAUCGGUUCAGGUAAUGGUAGGGUUGGAGUCUGGCUCCAACGCUGCAGAAGGGGGGAGAGGGGGGACCCUUUCCUGUAGAGACACAGCUGGGCUCGUCGACAGAGAAGAAGGGAACGGAAUGUUACUGCCGCUGGAUCGUGUUUCCGAGAAAGACGAAGAUUGUGCGGGGGAGACCCCGAAUUUCAAUAUUGAUAACCUGGACAAGGGUUCCGGCCCAAAGGCAGUUGUCCCUUCUCUCGCACCAACCUUGUGCAAACAUGAGCUGAAUUGCACUUGCUCUGACGUUUUCAACAUGAAAAUGUCCAACGGGGAAGCGGACUGUCUUACAAGUUAUGACAAAGACGUAGACGUUUCUUAUUCUAGUCCGAAACACACGUCGUAUAGCCUACGUUGCCAAGGACAUGGUACCACUGAUAAGGAAAUAAAAGUAGCAAACGGUGGCUUACACAUAGUAAAGAAGUCAGCAGCAUGUGACUUUGAAUCGCCUUCCACUCAAAAUAUCACGGACGUUCCAGUCGACAUAGGCAUGAUCCAAUCUCAUCUGCAAUACAAAAACAUCCGGUCCUCUGCUACAUCUUGUGAAAGCAACAGCGGGGGACUCAGCCAUGAAUGCCCAAGGGAAGCUGCCCCAGCUGCAGGCGAGCCCGCAGAGGAAGUGGGAAGUACUCUGGACCCCGAUGUCUCUAUAGAAUCAAGUGCCAACAUCCAUUCCCCGUGCCCGUCUACUCUUUCUAUCAACACCAGCGAUAGUCAAAUCACUGAGUCCAGUGCUAGAGAGGACUUCAGCGAGAGCAGCGUGCCAGCCAGGCCUCUCAGUCUCAGGACUAACCCGAAUAUUGCGCUUUCAUUAAGCUGUGACGCUACUCCUCUCAGCCCGGAGUACGGGGACUUUUAUGGAGCCGAGGGCUUCAUCGACCCCAGAAACUCUUAUGAAGUCAGCCGUCGUCAAAGUGCCCCAGACACAUUGCCUGACGAGUCCAUCAUGGUGUCCAAUCCGUCGGAUCAGAGACUGAUCUCAAAGAAGUUUGGCAUCGCAGAAUUUUUCACCAGGAGCCUGUUUUCUAGGAAGCCCAAAGAGUCCAAGCCCCCAUCCCAGAAUGCACCUGGGUGGAGGUUGUUUGGAAAAGUCCCAUUACGAGACAGCGAUGCUUCUAAAGACUCCAUGGCCAUACAGCAGGAGGCCGGCCUCGACAGGCCUCUCGAUGCUGAGGCUGAUGAGCCCAGUCUCUCUCCUCCAGGGGAGUUCCCAGUGAAGGAGGACCAGCAACGCCCCCUGCCUGCAGGGAGGAGGAAGAACCUGGAGUUUGAACCUCUCUCGACCACCGCUCUCAUACUGGAGGACCGGCCGGCAAACCUUCCAGCCAAGUCUGAGGAGGAGGCUCAGAGACACAGACAGGAGUAUGACGAGAUGGUGGCAGGAGCCAAGAGAAGAGAGCUGAAGGAGGCGCAGAGGAAGAAGCGUCAGAUGAAGGAGAGGAUCAGACAGGAGGAGAGCAUCGCCAGCGCCAUGGUCAUCUGGAACAACGACAUCUUGCCUCACUGGGAGACCAUGCGUAACACCAGGAGGGUGAGAGAGCUGUGGUGGCAAGGUCUCCCCCCCAGCGUCAGAGGGCGGGUCUGGAGCCUAGCCAUCGGCAACGAGCUCAACAUCACACCAGAGUUGUAUGAGAUCUUCCUGUCCAGAGCCAAGGAGAAGUGGAGGAGCUACAGUGAGACGAGCUCCGAGAGCGAGAUCGAUGACUGCGGGGCGUCUCUGGCAGACAGAGAGUCCAGCCUGGACCUGAUCAAGCUGGACAUCUCCAGAACCUUCCCGUCCCUCUUCAUUUUCCAGAAGGGUGGGCCAUACCAUGACCUGCUCCACAGUGUUCUGGGGGCGUAUACCUGCUACAGACCAGAUAUCGGAUAUGUCCAGGGCAUGUCCUUCAUCGCUGCAGUGCUGAUCCUGAAUCUGGAGGAGGCCGAUGCCUUCAUCACCUUCGCUAACCUUCUCAACAAGCCCUGUCAGAUGGCAUUCUUCAGAGUGGACCAUGACCUGAUGUUGAAAUACUUUGCUGCUUUCGAGGUGUUCUUCGAGGAAAACCUGCCCCGCCUCUUCAUUCACUUCCAGACCAACAACCUGACCCCUGACCUCUACCUAAUAGACUGGAUCUUCACCCUGUAUAGUAAGUCUCUGCCGCUAGAUGUGGCGUGCCGUGUGUGGGACGUGUUCUGCCGCGACGGCGAGGAGAGCUUGUUCCGGACAGGCCUGGGAAUCCUGCGUCUUUACCAGGACGUCCUGCAGCAGAUGGACUUCAUCCACAUGGCCCAGUUCCUCACCAGGCUCCCUGAGGACAUGGCCGCGCACGCGCUCUUCUCCUGCAUGGCCACCACGCACAUGCUCAGUAGCAACCGCAGGUGGGGCCAGGUCUUCUCUGCGUUGAUGAAGGACGGCAAUAAGGAGGCGGACAAGAACAAUAGUCCUGCGUUGAGAAGCUAGUGCUAAUCCACCAUUAAGCUAAUGCUAUGCCAGCCCCAAGCUAGAGGUAGCCCAAUACCAAGGUAAGGCUAGCCUAGUGCUAAGCUAACACUCACCCAGGAUAAUAAUAUCCCAGAAACAAGCUAACAAUGGUCUGGUAUCAAGCUAAUGCUACCUGGGCAUUAUGAUACAAUUAGUCCUUUAUCAAACUAAGCCUAUAUCAGGCUAACACUAGCCAAAUGGUGAACAGUGAUUCAAACGUCCUCGGAUUCACCAUUGGAAACAGGGACUCGUACUAGCCACAAAGCCGUUUCUCUAAGUUUGGCAGCAACAACAACAAUUAUUUACAUUCAUAAGUGCUACAAAAGGAGUAGAGAGAUGGUUUGCUUGCCAAUGAAAGGCACUAAAUACAUGAGAAGCAGGUAGUACUGCCGUUUGACAUCUGUACACUAGGAGCCGUUUGUGUCCGAGCAUAGUUGGAACCGUGGUAGCUAAACUGAAGUCGGCUGAUCACACACACCUCAGUCCCAAGGGGGAAAUUGUCAUUGUUAAUAGAGUGGCGUAGCACACAGUCACUAGGCAUCAAGGUUUACCUCAACACUCCUUUGGUUAGCUUAUGCUAUACAUGUGAACUCUACCUGCAUUUUCACCCCUACCUCUGUUUGAACAUACACACGCUGACACACACGCACACACACACCAGCGUAUGAGCAGGCCUUAAGUGGGAUUCCUGGAGCCACUGAGACUCCAGUGCAGCCUGGUCUAAAGUGCUAUCUGAAGACACACCUGUUACAGGCCAUUUCUUUUCUAUUUCUGGAUGGUCAUGCCAAAUUCCUCCAUGACGUAAGUGUUUGUAUCUGUAAAUAUGAACUUGUGGCUGACCAGUCCCUCACCUGAGAUCCAUUUGGCGUCGACUGUGUGAUGCCGGUGUGGGGAUUGUAGGCCCGGGCCUUCAUUAAAGACGUAUUUGUGUGGUGUAUCUACGUAUUCAUGUAUGAUGUACAUUCUGUAUGCUCCUCUCAAACAACAAUCCCACUGGGCUCCAUGGCAACACUCCAAGGGACAGCAUUGUGGAAUAUGUGAAGAGUAUAUCUGUGUGCCCUUAUAAUUCUGCUAGCUGCAGAAAACUUGACACACCCCAUCGGAGGAAGAGAUGGGAGCUGGAGAGGAUAUUUUUAUAUAAAAGUGCAAUAGUUAUCUGUCUUGCUGGGCAUAUGAGGUUUUCAGUGUUUUGAAAAGAAACACAUGUUUGAGCUGCUUCGUAUUGAGUUUAGCGGCUUCGGUAGUCAGCCAUGCUUUGAUGGUAUUAUCCUGCCUUUAUGACGGUGCAGUGCUUUGAUUAAAUAUUUAGGCAGGGGAGCUGAGGGGAGGGGGCAGAAAUUGUAAAUGCAAUUUUCUUCAUUUUAUGGCUAUGUACAUCAAAUAAGGCUUAUUUUAUUUCUUCCAAAAUAAAAUGGUCCAAUGGAUAUUAUUUAAGUUCUCUCAUAACCUUUGGUUGUAUUUUAUCUCUGUAAAUGAUUAAUUUAGGUUUCUUUUUUCAGUUUCUGUUUGUUUUCAAUUGUACAGUUUUCUUAUGCCUUACUGGUUCUGUACAUAACAUGUAAAAAGAUCCUCUCUUUCAUAUAUGAACACUAGUUACAUGUGUAAAUAAAAAAGUAAAAAUUA